UCAAAUUGGCCCGAGUGAGCAAAACAGGUUAUUUUUGUUACAAAAGUCACGAGACAAAUAUUUUGGAAUUACAUAAUAGUGAACAGCACAGAGAGCGGAUAAUAUUUCAGAUAAACCACUUAUCAGCGAGGAGGACGAGGAAGUACCAUCUGUUGCUUAAUAAACUUUACCGAAAUUCGGAGGGGACGUGAAGAUGUUGACUCCAGCAGAUGAAAUGAGGAAAGCACUCAUGCAAAUUUUAACUAGUAUUGACGGACUUUACGCCAUUAUUUUAAGCGAUCGAGAUGGUGUUGCGAUUAUUAAAGUCGUUUUGGAGUCCACGCCGGAACUAGCCUCACGAAUGAAUUUCUUAUCCACUUUCGGAAAUGCGACCGACCAAGCAGGAAAAUUGGGAAUGGGGAAAAACACCAAGAUUAUUUCCAUGUAUAAAAAAUUGCAGGUCAUCCAAAUUAGCAAGAUUCCUAUUGUGAUAACUCUCAUCGCCUCAAUUUCUGCUAACACGGGAUACCUUUUAACUCUGGAGAAGACCUUGGAUCCAUUAGUGAACGCGUUAAAGGGGAAUGUCCACGCGGAAUGAGGGCUUAUCCGACUUAUCAGUUAUUUCAAUGUUAAUUGAAUUUUAAAGUAAUGCUAUUAUAUAGUCAGUUAGUCAUCGCAUGUAUGGCAAUUUUAACUAUUUAAAUGCUUAAGUUUGACGCUGUAUUUUGCAUUUUGAUAUAAUUUUAAUUCUUUAUCAUCUUGUCAGACGAAAAUUAUCGCCUGGCUUAAAGUUUUAAUGUAAGAAAAUGGGAAAUUGUUUGAAUAUUACGGUACCAAUUGAAGAUAAUUUUUUUCUUCGUGGAUGAAGAUAAAGAUGAAGAUUUAACGAGGUGAUUUUUGUAUAAUUUUAGUUUUGUUCUUACACAAAGAUGGAUAUUUAUAUAGGGACAGAUAAUUUAGGGAAGAAGAAUAAUCAAUCAUAUAUUUAAUUUUUGUACUAAAAUAAUUCAUUGAGGAAUAAUAAAAGAUAAGCCAGA